AUGCAGCAGCAACGCCAACUCUACAGCCACCAACAGCAGCAGCAGCAGCAGCAGCAGCAGCAGCAAAUGCUGCAGCAGCAAACACUGCAGCAGCAGCUGAUGAAAGAAGACGCUCACAGUCCUGCCCCCCACCAAGGGGGCCCCUCAACACAGCAGGACCCAGGGGGGGGCCCCCGGGUAGUACCCUCGCAAGAGAUAGAGAAAGAAAUGGGGGGCCCCCGGGGGCCCCUGGGGCCCCAGGGGCCCCCAGGGCCCCUCGUACCUCUCAAGCAGCAGCAGCACGAGCCAGAGGAGCUGCUGCUGUUGCUGCAGCACAGAGAAGAAAGGCAACAGAGAUGGAGAGACAACGCAACAUAG